AUGACCAAGAGCACCCACUUCACACUGCAGAGCAUGCACAGCCCUAGCAGCAGCAACAACAACAUGAUUAUUCGCACUGUCGUUGCUCUUCUGCUUGCUGGCGUCUACGCGGUCACCGCCGGGCCGUGUGCUGAUGGUUGGCGAUAUUUUCCUGUGACAAAUACUUGUUACAAACUUAUUGACGACGAGUUACCUUGGACGAUAGCCGAAUUCAAGUGCCUGUUCCAAGGGGCUCAUCACGUUUCUAUCGAAAGUGCAGCUGAAAACAAAUUCGUUCACGAGCUUGCACGGCAUGGUGAAAUGUGGACUGGAGCGGCAUGGUUUGGCUCUUCAGCGGACUAUGUGAACUCAGAUCAGACACCUUAUGGUCGCUACACGAAUUGGAAAGGAGGGGAGAGGAAAUGGGACGAAAAAAAACGAGAACAUUUGCAAAAAUCCAUUUCGGUACUUCACUGGACGCCACGAACAUGGAAACUGACAUGA